AUGGACAGAAACGGCACGCCGUGGAACUCCGGCCCUCACCCUCCAUCUAUCCACAUACCCGCGCUCUGGGGGACAGUGGCGCCCACCAUCUUCCCCCGUGUGGGCUACAGCUUCUUAUCUUUCCUCAUGUUCAUCAACACAGUGCUGACUGUAUUUAAUAACGGCCUGGUCAUCGCUGUGAUGAUGAAGAAUCCGUCUCUACUGCAACCUAUGAAUGUCUUCAUCCUCAGUCUCGCCAUAUCUGACCUCAUGAUCGGCCUGUGUGGGUCCCUGGUGGUCACCAUCACCAACUACCAAGGCUCCUUCUUCAUCGGAUAUGCAGCCUGCGUCUUUCAGGGGUUUGCCGUCAACUAUUUUGGUAAGUUGAGUUGGAGAUAGCAGUUUGCGUUUUUAAGACUUCUGGAAUUCUUUCCCUGGUGGUCAAUUCUAGAAAUUUUGGUUUAACUUCAGUCAAUCUCAGUUUGUGUUAUCUUUUUGUAAAGCUAACCUUUAUUUAAGGCAGGCUCUAACGUCAGGCAAGAGAGAGAUCCUCAGGAAAGGCAAAGGGAAAUCCACUAGGCGAACCAAACUAAACACGUUGUUAUGGUUUUGUUUUUAGGCUUUGCUCGCUGUGUUUCAAUCAUUUCUCUCUGGUGCUAUUUUCUUUGAAAUAGUGUCUUAUUCUUUGUGAAAAAAAUGUCUUAUUCUGGCUGGAAGUUCAGCCUUGAACUGGGAAACAAGCAACUUUAAUUCAAGGUUGACUGCUUCUUCUAGAGCUUUCAAAAACCUUCGUUUUUUCAGUGCAGUUUAGUCAUUCGUCUUCUCUAUUUUUUCCUUUUCUUUUUACAACUGAGCAACUUCCCCAAAGAGGAUCAUAAAAUGCAGAUGAAGUCUCCUGACGAAGCAGUUAAGUGGAUCUCGAUCUUGAAUUUUCCCCUUUGUAGGUCUGGUGUCACUCUGGACUCUGACCCUGCUUGCCUAUGAGCGCUACAAUGUGGUGUGUAAGCCGAGAGCUGGCCUGAAGUUGAGCAUGCGGAGAAGCAUCAUCGGUAUUCUGUUUGUCUGGAUCUUCUGCCUCUUCUGGGCUGUGGCUCCGUUAUUUGGCUGGAGUUCCUACGGUCCUGAGGGAGUCCAGACCUCCUGCUCUCUGGCCUGGGAGGAGAGAUCAUGGAGCAACUACAGCUAUCUCAUCCUCUACACACUCUUGUGCUUCAUUGUCCCUGUUGCAGUCAUCAUCUACUGCUACUCCAAAGUGCUUAAAUCCAUGAACAGGGUACUCUCACGGUUACUUCUAUAUCUUUAUUACUCCCAUUAAGAUGUGAUAUUUACACCUCCAUUCUCAUCUAUUUGAUUAUCAGGGAUGUUACUAGCUUUUAACGAGUGUCAUAUUUUCUUUCUUUAUGUAGCUGAACAGGAGUGUGGAGCUCCAGGGGGGUCGAUCCAGCCAGAAAGAGAAUGAACACGCCAUCAGUAUGGUCCUGGCCAUGGUCAUAGCUUUCUUUGUCUGCUGGCUGCCCUACACGGCGUUGUCUGUGGUGGUGGUUGUGGAUCCAGAACUCUACAUCCCUCCUAUUGUUGCUACCAUGCCAAUGUACUUUGCAAAGACCAGCCCUGUGUACAACCCCAUCAUCUACUUUCUAUCCAACAAGCAGGUGAGCAGCUGCUGUGAAAGUUUAGGUGGGUGCAGGACUAGACUGCAUUCUUAGUAAUGUUAUUUACAAAGACCCAAUGUUAGUCUAUCAAAGUAAGUAACUAAUGUGUCAAGUCCCCUGAUAGUCUAAGCUUAAAGCAGCAUAACUAGAAGCUUGUUCAUAGCUAGCUUGAUACAGCCCUGUUAGAGCCCACCACUGAGCAUUUUUUAGUCUGAAAGAGGUCUAAUAGACGUCUAAAUGAAGCCUAGACGACUGGUCUAAAAUCAGGCUACCACAAGUCUAAAAAUGAACGUUUUUUAGACGUCUAAAUGAAGACCAAGUUUAGACUGAUUCACAGUUGCUUUCUGAAAUAAAUAGUUAUCAAAUAAUGGGUUAAAGUGCAACAUCUAAAUUCUGUCUUAAUAUAUACAGAAUCUUGACGGCUGAAAUUAGGUUUUAAAAAAAACUAGCUCUCUAAUAGCCGUCUAUUGCUCAGUGGGCAAUAUGUAACGAUGUUCUGAAAUGUAAUACAAAAAAAGUAAUAAAAUCUGAAAUGUAAUAAUUGACCCAAAAUGCAAGAAGUUGUUAAAUUUUGGUCAAAAUGUUAUUACGUUUUGGGCUCGGUUUGUUGCAUUUUGUCUCAGUUGACAUUUUAGGUUUUAUUUCUUUUCUUGUUGUUGUUAAAUUUCAGAUUAUUGUUACAGCCCUUUCUAUAAACUGUGUCAGAUGAAAAGUUCAAAGCCUUCUCCUCUAAGUGCCUGCUUUGUAGAUCCUGAAUGUUAAAUGAUUCAGAGGCUCUACAUCCUAUACUGCUCUUUACAUCAUCAUGGUGCCUGAAUAUUACAAGCUUUACCAUCAUAGAAGAGUAGAGGAUUAUGUUAUCUCUUCAAGCUGGGAAAAACAGUCUGAAUCGAAUUGUUUUUGUGUCCAACAGUUUCGUGAUGCAGCUCUGGAGGUGCUGUCCUGCGGUCGCUACAUCCCCCACGCACCCACCGCUACCAUCAGCAUCAACAUGCGCCCUCUGAACAGGAGGAGCCGGCUGACUUCAUUAAGCAGGAGCGUCAACACCCACAGCAAGGUGUUGCCCCUGUGA